CUCCCAUCAGAAUCUCUGUCAGAGAUGUACCACCUGACCCUGGUGACACUUGCAGUGUUGCUCUGCUCAUCAUCCUUGGUAACUGGAGGAAAGGUUCUGGUCUUCCCUGUGGAUGGGAGCCAUUGGAUCAACAUGAAAGUCAUCGUUGAAGAGCUACAUGCUCGAGGACAUGAAGUCACAGUGUUGCGCCCAUCAGACCCCUGGUACAUCAAGGAGCACUCACCUUAUUACAAGGCCAUCAAUAUUAAUUCUCCUGCUGGUUUUGAUAGAGAUAAAUUUGAGUCCUAUGUAAUGAGAACUCUGGGCAUUCGCCGCCAGGGAGCUUCACUUUCGACUCGCCUUUCUCUUGUGCAUGAUCUGAUGACGCAAACUUCUCUGAUGCAUAAAAUGGUGCUUCAGAUGGUUGAAGUGAUAUUUGAGGAUGACGAACUAAUGCAGAGCCUCCAUAAUGCCAAAUUUGAUCUGGUCCUUACUGACCCUGCAUUUGGUGGGGGGGCCUUCUUGGCUCACCGUCUGGGUCUUCCACUUGUAUUCAAUGCCAGAUGGACUAUUCGGGGUGAGGGACAUGAAGUAAUUGCACCCUCCCCCUUUUCUUAUGUUCCUAUAUCAGGAUCAGAGCUGAGUGAUAAGAUGACUUUUAUUCAAAGGGUCAAAAACAUCAUGUAUUAUCUUUUCACAUGUAUUCAGACUUGGUAUGUUGUGACACCAAAUUACAAGCCCUUUGCUUUUCGUCACAUUGGCAGCGAUAUAAAUUACAUUGAACUGUUUCAGGCGGCUGAUAUCUGGCUGAUGAGAAAUGAUUUCACCUUUGAGUUUCCACGACCAACUAUGCCUAACAUCGUUUACAUCUCAGGGUUUCAGUGCAAACCCUCCAAACCUCUCCCUCAAGAGUUAGAGGAUUUUGUACAGAGCUCUGGGGAACAUGGUGUCAUUGUGAUGACAUUGGGGACUCUGGUGGAUAAACUUCCUGAGGACAUCACUGAGGACAUUGCUGCUGCUUUUGCCGAACUUCCUCAGAAGGUGAUCUGGAGGCACAAAGGCAAGAAACCAUCCACCCUUGGCAACAAUACUUUAAUCUUGGACUGGUUGCCUCAAAAUGACCUCCUGGGCCACCCUAAGACCAGGGUUUUAGUAGCUCAUGGAGGCACCAAUGGGGUGCAAGAAGCCAUCUACCACGGUGUCCCCCUGGUUGGAUUACCCCUCAUGUUUGACCAGCAGGACAACUUCUUCAAGAUGGAAGUAAGAGGAGUGGCCAAAGUUCUUGACUAUGGUACUGUCAAUAAAGACAUCUUCCUGGAGGCGUUGAAGGAGGUUCUUU